AUGAAGAUGAAGCAUGCUGAAAAUGUGCAAGACUACAUCACCCGAGUCUUGGACAUUGUCUACCGCAUUAGAUUGCUUGAAGAGGAGGUACCAGACAAGGUUGUUGUCUCCAAGAUCCUAAGAAGCCUUGCACCAAGGUUUAAGCAUGUGGUCUCCUCUAUUAUUGAAGCAAAGGAUCUUAAAACACUAUCUGUAGAAGUGUUGAGUGGUUCUCUCAAGACACAUGAGUCUAUGUUAGCUUUGACUCCAGAUGAUGGAGAAAAGAAAGCAUUUUAUGCUGGUUCCAGUGAGGUGAACUCAUUCAAAGGAGGACGAGGACGCGGGAGAAGCUCCUUCAGAGGGCGUUUUCGAGGUUGA